GUCACGCCCACUUCACUUCUGUAAACUCACCCGAAGAGUUUUCACCACAGAGGACGAGCUACAAUGGACUACAAAGAACAGGUUGCUGAGAUUGUAGCCACCGCCCAGUUCGGAGACCUGAUUGAAUUCUCCUAUCCUAUUGGCUACUCCCACUGGGGCGUGUAUGAUGAAGACGGAUACGUCAUUCAUUUCGCUGUAGCAGAUGAGACCCAGAUGAUGAACACAUUCCGAGGCUACCUCCAGACUGUGUUCCCUGUCUGCGGUGACCUUCUCCUCGGAGAGACCAAAAUCCGCCGGCAGCCGGUGGGAGAGGUCACCGUCCCCAAAGGGGCUCAUGUCUUAGUUUGCAACAACCGUCAUGCUCUGAAGCCCACCAGCCAGGACGAGAUGAGGCACCGGCGCGAUGCUCUGCUGGACAAAGAGCUUAAUUACAAACUCUUCUCCCUGAACUGCGAACACUUUGCCACGUUUGUGCGUUACGGGAAAGCAGUGUGCAACCAGAUUCCAGGGAGGACCAAAAACAAGGAGUGUGAGGAGGCGACCAAAGUGUUUGCAGACGUCGUGGCUAAAUACUACACGUGAUCUGUUAGGAAAGCAGCGCCGUCGCUGUCUGAGCGGUGUAUCUGCCAUCAG